UCUGCGCCACUUCCAAUUUAAAAUGGCAACCAGUCACUUUAAUGUUUACAAAUGGCGGAAACAGAGGCGAUUCGAUUUUUGGAAAAUGUAUCAAAAUCGAAUUAAAGCAGUGUGUUUUACAUUUAACACACACAUUUAGAUUUAAAAGCUAUUUUAGAUUUUCACAAAUGUCACAAGCAUAGGAUGGCAACCCAUUUCAUUUGUCAAAGUACAGAGCCAUUGCCUCACAAGUAUCCUAGUGGCCUAGCUGGGAGGACACAUGGAGCAGUGUCACAGUAUGAAGUCUACAAUAACAGUACAAAACCUCACACCCGGUUUCCACCACCUGGUUGGGAUUUUUCUCAGUCUUCCGAAGAAGAUUCUCUCCCAUUGCUUCAUUCGGCACCUCAACCGGAAUUAAAAAAUUCUUCAUUCAUGUAUGAUCCAGAUUUGUGUAUUACACCUCAGAAGGCAAACAAUUCUAGUAACACUGCAUUUAAGUCAUAUGAGGAUGACGUUUUCAAAAUACCUGAUGCUAACCCAGACCCAGAUUUAACUUUAACUCCUAUGAAAGCGUUUGAUGAAAGUUCAAAAGUAAACAUUAGAUCUGAAAAUUUAAUUGAUAAAGGCAAGAAACAAAAAGUCAGAUUUGAUCUGGAUGACACAGUAACAGAUCAAAAUUUGAGUGGAAAUAUAUCACAAAAAUUGUCUCCUGAAAAGCCAUAUAAACCAGAGCUUUAUGAUGAUGAAGAUGAUGGUGAUGAUGAAUUUGAUAUUAAUCCAGAAGGGACCAAAGUCUCAAGUAAAAUGUCAGAAAAUGCUAGAACUGUCAGAUACACAGUUGACAAAGUUAAAGGCCAGUCAGUGUAUGUUCCUUUGAAGGAAACUGGUGUAAAUCAAGGUCAAGUUUCAAAGCCCAGUAGUGUGACAAAAACUCAAUCUCAAGGGGAUAAAUGUGAUAGAAAAUCCAUCCAGAGUAUUCCAAAGACACAAACUGUAGGUCAGAAAGUUGUGACAGUUGUAAGAGAGAGACCUGAUGCCCCUAGACAAGCACCAAUAAAUCAGAUUCCAUCUGUUGAGCCAGAGGAUCCUAUAGCAGCAUGCAGAGUUCCAGAGAAAACAGGACCAAAAAGAAAGGUGAAGGUUCUAAGAGAAAACCAGUACACACAUACUGAAACAGAGUACACCUAUCCAUUCCAAGAGAAUGGUAUAGAUGAAUACGCCGGUGGAGAGGAACACAUGUUUGCUCGGCCGGAGUACAACAGCACAUUGAGAAUGAAGUUGGAAGCUGAGAAGCUGAAAGAGUGCUCUGUGGACCUGGACACUGCCUUACAGAGGAAACUAAAAAUGUCUGAGUCAACAAAAACUGAAAUCAAUGAAAAGGCUGCAAGUUUGGUUAACUCUGAAGGAUCGGCAUUUAGUGGUCUUGUUAGUCUCAAAGUCCCUGUUGAUGAAGUGUGUAAACAGGCGGCUGAAAUGAAGACAGCCAGGGCUAAACAAGUUAAACUGCCAAAAUCUAAAUUCAAGGACCACAAAGAACCAGACCUAAUGGAGUUUUUCUCGAGUGAAAGACAGAAAGAGAGUGUAACCUUUUCACUGCCAGGAAUUUCCGCUCCAUCAGAACAGUUGUCUACAGCAUCACACUGGAGAGCUUUCGAUUUAUAUAAACAUAAUAGGGUUUGGGAGCAGAGUGGAAAAUUAUAACAUGAUAAUGACAGUUUAGCUGAAUAGUGUGUUGAUACAAUAAAAAGAAAUCUUUUUUUCUUUAAUUUUGAAUACAAUUUGUUUUUGACUAGUGAAUCAUAUACUAAGUUAACUUACUAUAUCUUAGAGAGCAGCAGAUUUAGUGGUUGUGUCUGCUAGUCAGUCAUGACUUUUGUUAAUACAUUAAGUCAUUUCUGUAUUUUGUAGUCUUUUUUUUUUUAAAUGAAGUAAUAUUGCAAAAUGGUGACUCCCAUUUAGUUGCCUAAAUGAUGCAGCAUGCUUAUGCAUUUGUCAUACUGGAACUGUUCAUUUUCUAUGUACACCGCGUAAUAUACAAUGUAAGUACCAGAGAUUGCUAUGCAGCAAUAUAAAGUUUCUGAAUUCACGAUUAGAUUUCUGAUUUAUAAGCAGAGACAGUUCAGUACUGAUUCCCUUGAAGUGAUAAUCUUAUUUACUUUGUACUUAUUUUGUAGAAAGAUGUAUUUAUAUUUAUUUUGGUGUAAAAUAAAACAUGAGCUCUGAAAGCAGAA